UAUAGAGUUUGCACCUCAUGACCCUAAAUUCAACUAAUGCAACCUGUAUCUCAACCAUCCAAAGAACAAGUAGGAGGUUGGUUGAACAUCAUGGUGCUCCUUUAGAAGCACUUCAAAUGGAAGCAAAUAACUUUCAUACACAUUGGGUUGACGCACUAACUUAGCACAUCUCCUUCGAGAUGUUCGAAGCUGUACAACAGGUCCUUGGCGUCCCAUUUGGAUCGUACUUUGAGAUACCAAAGUAUGGAAUAUUCGAGAAUGUGAACUCAUUGAAGGAUCUAGCAGAAAUGCCACAUUGGACACCUGGGAGACCCUUGAGAGUAGCUACGGGGUUCACAUAUGCAUGGUGUACUGCAAUGGGGCCCAAGUUUAUGAAUGAAAAAGGACUAAAUCAUGUUACCUUUUCAACUCGAGAUGGAGCACUGAAGGCUACUCCAGCAAUGGGGAUAGUCGAUGCAAUUGUAGACCUUGUGAGCAGUGGAACAACUUUGGGAGAGAACAAUCUGAAAGAGACUACAGGUGGAGUCAUCUUGCAAAUCAGGUAAUUUUUCAGCCUCUAAUGCUAAUGGGUUUUUGUGUUCUACUAAUGUGAAUGUGGAGUGGCACACGGUACCCAGGUACCGUUAGACCUAUGUAAAUUUUCAAAAACUCGUUUUGUGUCUUCCAUUUUCAAAAUAACCCUAACUAAAAAUAUAUUUAACAGUUUAGAAAUAGUUUUUGAGUGAAAGGGCAUAAGUAAAUCAUUAAAAUAUAUCAUUACCUUUACACAAAUAUUUUUAAGCUCGUAGGAAUAUAUCUCGGUGAUGCUAAACAAGCUAAUAGAGGUUUGGCGUUUGG